GGGGCUCGUAUAAUGGAAACCCUAACGCGUCUUCACUUCAUCUUCCAUUCGUUUUUCUCUCCGAUUUACUUCCUCUCAACGCGUCUUCAUCCUUCGCAACUCAUCUUCAUCCUUCGCAACUCGUCUUCAAUCUCUGUACACUACUCGUUCUUUAAGCCGUUUAAUCCUUCCAAUCGAAAUCAUCCCCUCUCUUCAAUCCUUGUAACGACAUUGAUUUUUCUUUCAUUUCGGAAAAAACUUUUCCCUUUUUUCAUCAACUCAGCUUCAACAUAUUCCGGUUUAGGUAUGGUCGUCGUUUUCUUCUCGGUAAUUUUUACUUCUUCUUCUAUCUUCCUUUCUCUCCCACUCUUCGUCCUCCCAGUUUUCGUUGAAGGCUUCGCUCACCGUGUUGCUUCCGAAACAAAUGGGUCUUCUGUCGGUUUUAUUGAUCGGCUGUGUUUUACAUUUUGCCUCUGAAACCUUUGCCCUUGCAUGUUCACCACUGUUAUUGGUGAACAUGCAAUCCGACUCGGUUUUCCCCUUCCAGAAGACCUUGCCGCUUGGACUCCCACUUGUCGAUCGGGUAAUUUUUUUCCCUAUGAUUUGGACACAUUCUACACUACGGAUACUAUCUGCAUUUGGGAUGUUCGAGCAAGGUAUGGUCGGAGGUAAGUGGUUGGAUUUCAAGUUUCUUUCUUUGCCGAUGAUGAGGAUUAAAGUUAUGCACUGUCUGAAUAAUUUUCUUUCUGAUUAGUUCAUUUCUAUGCAUAAUUAUUUGUAAUCGUUUUUGUUUUUUACUUUUAUUGUUUUUCAUAUUCGGUCAUCCCAAUCUGUUUACUUUCGACGUUUUUUAUUACAAUUGUUCCUGUAGUUUUUUGAAGUCAGUUCUGUAUAUGUGUAUCUAUGAAAAAUUUUGUCUAUGUGCUUCAACAUAUAUCUCUGUCUAUGUGAAAAAUUUUGUUGGUUUCACUUUGUAAUCUGAACAUAUUUUGUACCACUUUUUAAUAUUAUCCCUCAUAAAUAUGUUGACAUAUUUAUUUCAUUUGGCACUUUGACUAACUAUGUUCACACUGCCUAUUUACUUGCAAUCAAUAUGACUUCUGAAUUUGCAUAUGACUUCUGAAUUUGCUUUGCUGACUAGUCUUCUCUCUUUACUUGUGUUCUGUUUCUUUCUCUUUAUUUCUAAGCAAAUCUCAUUCAUCCAUCCAUUAAACUGCACUGUCUGUGUUCAUUUCAUUUUUUGGUUAUUUAUUUGUCUACUCAUAGCUUAUCUUUAUCUUAGUUGUAGGUUUUGACCAUUUGCUUCCCUUUUCUGUACACUUCUGUAAUUUGCAGAUAUUCAUAUUUUAUUUUUUUUUGGUUUGAGUGAAUAAAGGCAUACUUAUUCACCCUCUAACCCUCUAUAUAUACCACUCCCUUUGUUGUAUUUUAUUGUGUUGUUUUCCUUGCUUUCUCAUUUGUGCUUUCUUUAUUUGGUAUGUAACUUAACUUUGUUUUCCUUCUUUUCAACUUCUAUUUCGACUUCUUUUUUCUUUUGCCAUAUCAAUGUUAAGUAGAUUCUGUUAUGUUUAAAGCAUAUUUGUGUCGAUGUUUUAUGCUUAUUUGGUUGCAUUUGUAUAGCUAUAUAUGUUUUUGCUGCACAUCCAAUUGUAAUAGUUGAUCCAGUUCGUUACACCGAACGGAUUCAGUUCCUUUGAGGCACAACGCUUUUUUAAAUAACACGGCCUAAAUUGCUCAUUCAUUUUAAUCAAUCUUCUUUUUUCAAUUUCACCUUGACAUUCGUCCAAACAAUACGGAUAUCUGACUUCCUACUUCGUUCGUUAGAGUAUGACAAGUUCAUCACGUGCUCCUAAGCAUGUAUGGACGAAGGAGGAGGAGGCAACCCUCGUCGAGUGUAUGGUCAAGUUGGUGUCUGCUGGUAGAUGGAAGUCAGACAAUGGCACAUUCAGACCUGGGUAUCUGGCACAACUUCUGCGAAUGAUGGUUGUGAAGUUGCCGGGAUGCAAUGUACAUGCGACCACAGUGAUCGACUACCGCAUAAAGACGUUGAAGCGCUCAUACCAGGCAAUCGCAGAAAUGCGUGGCCCGUCAUGCAGUGGGUUUGGUUGGAAUGACGAUGCGAAGUGCAUCAUUGCUGAGAAGGAGUUUUUUGACAACUGGGUCAGGAGUCAUCCUGCAGCGAAGGGGCUGCUAAAUAAGCCUUUCCCAUAUUACGACAAGUUCGCGUAUGUAUUCGGGAAAGAUCGUGCAAUGGGCGCCCAUGUAGAGACCUUUGCCGAUGUCGGAUCCAACGUUCCUCCUGGGUUUGAGGAAUUUCCUCCCGUGGAUCAGAAUGAUAUGGAAAUUCCUUCCAUGUCCAGCCAUAGGUUUAACAUGUCACAAGACGACAUCACACGACCAAGUCGAGGAAUCGAUAGUAGGACGACUUCAAGUGGCUCAAAGUGUAGGCGAGGAGGGCAAACUUCGAAAACAGCUGAUGUGAUUAAGGAUGCCAUGGCUCUUCAAACUGACCAGUUGAGACUCAUUGCAGAGUGGCCGCGGUUGGCACUGGAGGAUGAAAGUAGAGUCCGUAGAGAGGUGGUUCGCGCAUUGCGUGCCAUACCUGAGCUCAGUAGGUUGGAUAGGGCGCAAUGUAAUUGAAUACUAAUGAACAAUUUAACGGACAUGAAGGGUUUCCUCUAACUGUCAGAUGAUGAGAAGCUUGACUACUGCACGGUGCUCAUACGAGGCGCUAGCUGAUUGUUUGUUUUACUUCCAUCUUCGUAUUCUUAUGUUUUUUGUUUAUGUUUGUACCUGUUAACUGCUUUUGAUUGGUGUUUUCGAAUGAUAUUGCUAGUCAUUUGUUUUUGUUUUCAUA